AUGCCAAAGAUACCUCCUGCGGGACUUUACGCUCCCUUGCCAGUAUUUUUCACCAAGGAUGACGAGCUAGAUCUGGAUGCCUACGCAAAGCACGCCAAAUAUGUUGCAGCAGCGGGCAUUCUGCCAGUGGCUUCGGCAAGUAUAGGCGAAGCCGCACACCUUGAUCACUCGGAGCGUAUCAAGGUGAUCAAGACCUUGCGAGAUGCUCUCAACUCUAUUGAUUUGCACGAAACACCCAUCGUGGCUGGCGUCGGCGCCCCCAGCACCCGUGAAACCAUUCAGCUUGCGCGAGACGCCGCCGCCUCCGGAGCAGAAUUCGUGCUCGUUGUUCCGCCAGGCUACUACGCCAGGGUUCUAAAAGCGAACCCAGCAGCGAUGCACAAGUUCUUCAUUGAUGUAGCUGCCGCGUCCCCAGUCCCCGUAAUCAUAUACAACUACCCGGCGGUUGCUGCUCGGAUAGACCUUGACAGCGACGAUGUGGUCGCCAUUGCAAAGGCUGCGCCGAAUAUAUGCGGCAUCAUGCUAUCCUGCGGCAAUGUUGGCAAAUUGGCCAGAAUUACAACCUUGGUGGAUAAUUCGAGAUUUACCACGCUCGCAGGGUUCAUCGACUUUCUCCUCCCGUCGAUUUGUGUAGGAUCUGCCGGGGCCAUUAGUCCCCUGCCCAACGUUGCUCCGGAAUUUUGCAUGAAGCUCUGGCGGGCGUCUCGUGGCGUCGAUAACGCCGUUGACCGCCAGUUUGCAAAGGAGCUUCAGGGCUUGGCUGCUCUUGGGGAAGCGGCCAUUAUCAAGAAAGGCUUGUCUGGCUUGAAGCAGUUCCUCAGCCAGCAGUUUGGUUAUCCUGCUGCGCCGAGGCUGCCACUGCCGCUGAUGGAGGAGGUGUCUGCAAAGUUGUCCGAAAACCAACACAUUAAAGACAUAAUGGAACUGGAGAAGGGUUUGCACUAA